CCCGACCGGAGUGCGGAAUAAAUCCCAACCCCAUUCCCAGCACAAGCAAACCUCCACAUCUCCAUGGAAUUUCGAACCUGUCCUCCUGCUCCUAGAUAACCAACCCAGCCCCAAGGAAUUUCGUGCCCGGAACCGCUCGCUCGGCUCCUAAUCUAACCUCGGGAGCUGCGAUCCGGUCUGCUUCAUGCUCGUAGGAGCAGCGUAGCUCCAUCGUCAUCACUAGUUUAGUCGUCGUCCUCGCAGCGAGUUCACAUGGUCUGGUGGUCUGACUCUGACUGCGGGCAGCAGCAGCCGUAAAUCUUCUUUGCCACCGCGACCGACCCCGGGUCCCGGCCCCGGCAAAAGUCCUGCUGCCUGCCUGCCGUUGCCUCUUCUCCGGCCGUUUCGGCUUUCCUCCCGCCGCAGAAAGCCAGGAAGCUCUCGAGCUCGCAAUCAAACCUUCCUCCCCUUUUCGCCGAGCCUUUCCCCCUCCCUCUCUCCGCAGGCAGGCACUAGUAACUGCUCUGCUGUUCUUGAAGAGCCUUCCUUAAAACCGGAGGGCAGUUACGCGGCCGCCAUUAAGCCCUGCUCCGGAACUGCGGUUUCCAUCGGCGGCAGUUUCCACCCGCUCGCCUCCGGCGGGUCACAAUCCUCGCCUCGCCUCGCCCGCCCAUCCUCUCGCCACGGAAGAAGAAAGAUGACAGGGAAGGAGGAGGAGUGAAAGGGGACAGCCCUCUCCCUGACGCCUCCCCCUCAGCCCCUCCCCGUUCGGAAACCCUACCACCGAUUGCUCCUGCUCGCUCAGGUCCCGUCCCCAUCCGUCCAUCCGUCCGUCGUCGUCUUCCUCCUCCCGAUUUCUCUUUCGAGGCCCGGCGAAAAGCUGGUUCCUCUUGUCUCUUCCUCCACAGGGUAGCGAGCUGGGCUUCUUGCGCCUUGGCUGUGAUUCUCUCUCUCUCUCUCUGCCCCUCUGAUCUGAUGGCUCCGGUUUAGGUCCCGGGUCCUCCUCACCUAAUAUUGUUUCUACUCCCGGUUGGUACCGCCCGCCUGCCUUGCCGGUCCAAGCGAUCAGUCGAUCUACCUCCCUCCCUACCUACAUAGCCGUGUCCACGCACUCCUCGCUCUCCAGGCUCCAGAGCCACUUCAGACUUCAGACCAGUACAUCUCACUGUUCUUUCCCACAGCCUUCCUUCUCCGUGUGCUGGUUGCUCGGAGGUUAGGAGGCAGUGCUUGCUUCAGGGGAGGGAGGCUUCGGAUGCUGCGUGCUGAUCGACCCCCCAGGUAAUCAAGAUCAGAUUUUCCAGCAUUCACUAGAUUUUUGGUUCUUCGGUGAAGAUGGAGCUUGUCUAUUUGGAAAGGAGAAAUGGAUUACGCGGCGACAGCGCCGCUCCAGAGUUCAGUGGAAGGUCAGAAGAUGACCAUCAUCAACACCUGCCAGUUGUUGCACCUGAGGUUCAGUCUGAUCUGGCUCUGGUAAACUACAGGCAGACAUUUCCAUUAGAUGAGAGGAAGAGCAGGAGCUGCCAGUCAUGCCACAGGUCACCAUGCUCUUGCGGUGGCGACGCGCCUCGCCCCGACUUGUGCCCGACGCUCCCUGCCAAGAUGAUGAUCUUGGAGUUCCUGAUAAGAAGCCUGAGGCACCCAACAAGAACCCACAACGUGAGUGAUCUCGACGACUUGAUCAGCGGCGGAGCCAGCACCGGGAAUGUCACCCUCGGUCCUUCGGACAAGAUGAUGCUGGACUCCUUACAUGCGCUGGUGAACGCCAAGACAAGGCCGACGAAGAGCCCCUCGUUCUUCCUCCCGGGGGGCAAGAUGAGGAAAACCCGGUCAAGAUCCCACACCAUAACACAGUCAGAGAUACUGAACCUGAUAUCCCCGGAGACAUGGGAGAUGUCCUCCCACGGGGCAUCAUCGCCGUCGAAGAGAAGUGCGGCGGAGCUCGCCGCGCAUGAAGGGACGGCGCCUUCUUGCUCCGGCACGGCAUGUCUGAGGUCAAAUCAGCCUGGUCUGUCCUCAUACCCACCACCAUCAUCAUCUCUUAGUGCAGGCCUUCUGCAGUGCAUUUGGAAAGAUGGGCUCCCUCACUUUGAACUGUCAGUGGACAAUCCUAUGGCAGUGUACACUGCAAGCCCUGUCAAGAAGCCGCAUGGCGACGGCAAAGCCGCGGCCGCCGCCGACCACGUCUACCUGUUCCAUUCGGACGAGCAAGGGAAGAAGGACUGGAUGGGGAACUACUCGAGCAGCGUGUCGAAACUCGUCGGCAAGAUGAAGGUGACAAGCUCUCUGGUCCUGGGCUCAGACGGGUCAAGGUGUGUGGAGACCGAGUUUGUCAUGUAUGGCUCCCCUGAUGACUACCUGAGGCAGAUGCAGAGCGCCUACAGUGUUGCAAAGGGCAAGGGGCUGGUGAAGAGGGUGGCAGAGAUCAUGAGGUCGCCCAAUGCUUCCUCCAGCCCAAAACAUGCUGCAUGGGGAAGGUUUGGCAGACCUUCUUCCCCGCUGCGGUUCGACGACGAUGUGCGCGAAAUGCUCAAUGCCGAACUGGGCGGCGCUGGAAAGGCGACAGGGUUGGUGAGCCUCGCCGCUGACGAUCUGCCGACCAACCAGGAGGUGGCGGCGAUCGUGGUGAGGGAACGGCGGGAAGAGCCGGCCGUCGUCGGCGGCUGGGGCCUCAAGUUCCUUGAGAAGGCCGGAGGAGCCGCUCAUCCAGAGGAGAGUAAGAAGGCAAGGUGGUGCAUAAGCGCCAUUGUUCCAAGAGGCUACCACGGCGGCGUGGCAUCCGAGAAUGGCGGCCCAUCGGGGCUCGUCGAGCGAUGGCGGAACAGCGGCCGCUGCGAGUGCGGCGGGUGGGACCUCGGCUGCCCCAUCAGAGUGCUGAGCAACGACGGCGGCGGGUCGUCGCCGCCGCCUGAGGACGGUGCCAAAUCGGUGGAGCUGUCACCAGCGGGGGCGAGGAGCGGCGGCGAGCCGGCGGUGAGGCUGGUGAGCCUCGCGGAGGGCCUGUACAUCCUCUACUUUGACGCCGGCGUGGUCUCGCCGCUGCAGUGCUUCGCCGCCGGCGUAGCGGUGGUCCACAGCCAGGCGCCCCAGCUCCACCCAAAACUGUGAACCGCCUGUAGUUGGGUUGAAGAAACUGACCUUCUUGUAAGAUUGUUGACUUUAUCUUGAGAGAGAUGUGUAAAUGUCCAGAGCUCGAGCUGUUAAUUCAUCAGCUUUUCUGGAUGAAGGCUGAAAACCUGAAACUGUAGUAGGAAUCACAGACCAUGUAAAAAAAUGGUGCCGAUAUAAAGUGCACAGAUUUAUUUACAGCUUUUUAUUUAA